CCCCGGCCUCUGGGCUCCGGCACCUCCCGCGCGCACCAGCCUGCACCCCCUUCUGCACCCGGAGUCCGCGGCGGUGGGCUCCGAUUGCAGCGGCGACAUGUUGGGCAUGAUCAGGAACUCGCUGUUCGGGACCGUGGAGACGUGGCCGUGGCAAGUCCUGAGCACCGGGGCGAAGGAAGACGUCUCCUACGAGGAAAGAGCCUGUGAAGGAGGGAAGUUUGCCACUGUGGAAGUGACAGAUAAGCCCGUGGAUGAGGCUCUCCGGGAGGCAAUGCCAAAGGUCAUGAAGUACGUGGGGGGCACCAAUGACAAGGGAAUCGGCAUGGGAAUGACAGUCCCUAUUUCCUUCGCCGUGUUCCCCAAUGAAGAUGGCUCCCUGCAGAAGAAAUUGAAAGUCUGGUUCCGGAUUCCGAACCAAUUUCAGAGCAACCCACCCGUUCCCAGUGAUGAAAGCAUCAAGAUUGAGGAGCGGGAGAGCAUCACCGUCUACUCCACGCAGUUUGGUGGCUACGCCAAGGAAGCAGAUUAUAUAACUCAGGCCAGGCAGCUGCGCACUGCUCUGGAGGGAGCAGCCACCUACCGGGGCGACAUCUACUUCUGCACGGGAUACGACCCUCCCAUGAAGCCCUAUGGACGUCGCAAUGAAGUCUGGCUGCUGAAGACUUGAGGCCAGGAGCCCCCCCAAAAGGGCACCUCGUGCCCCCUCACACAGGGCCGGCAAGGGGGCAGGACUUCCCGAGUUCCAGCCCUGCAGGUCUGUCAUUGCUGGGUGUCACUGUGUUCUCUGAAAUAAGCAUGUUGCAUAUCCUGAGGGUCUUCUGCUCGUGGUGGGAAACAAUACAGCCAAUCUAGGCAACAUCAUUCCCACUGAUUUAGAAAAUUCUGUGACAGAUUAAAAAAAAAAAAAAAAAAAAAAAAAAAAAAAAAACUUUAUCUGACCCAUCUGGGUCACUGAAAGCUGAUUUUUUGAAAAAUGAGCAAAUCUGUAUUUUUGUUAAGGAUUAUGUGAUUUGUGGAGUCUUUUGUCUGUGAUUCUUAUAAAAGCUCUGACUAAAAGAAACCAAAAUUAAAAAUCUUUGACUGAAG